AUGAAGAUAAAGAAGAACAAAGGAAGGGUUCUCUGUUCGCUUGGUUUCUUGAGCUGCUUCUACCGUUCUACGCCUCUGCAACUUGCAAAGCACACAAUCAGAGCCUUUAAUCCAUCAACGAGCCGCGCUGUCGAUCGAUGUAGUGCUGUUUCGCUACUUUCACCGAGGAUUCCUUUACCUAAUCUCUCCAUUACUCCAUUUUCUCUUUUACUGGGAGAAAGAGCGCAGAGAUGGAUGCAUAUAUACUCACAACAUUGAAGCCAGAUACCAUGCCUACUACAAUUUGCGGAUAGAGAAAGAUUAUUGUCUUCCUGAUGGUUAUCAGCGAUCUUCCACAUGUUGUGAACCCUAGAGGCCAUAACAGACGGAAAGUGUAAGCAAUUAUUAGGGUUCCAUAUAGAAACUUGCUAUUUAUUAUUCCAUUCAACAAAAUGUAUGAGAUUGACAGAAUUCCUCGAGUGUGUAACAACGUUCUAGCCACUGAAAUUCAAAUGAUUCCUGGAAACCUACUCGGACUUCCAGAAUAUCAUUUUGAAAGUUCACAAAUGGGAUUUUUCAGCAGGUUAAGUUAUGUUAACCUUCGAACACAAGAGAUUUUCGACAAGUUGGUUGAUUUAUAUGCCCACAUGUUUGUGGGUCAGUGGGAUCCCUACAGAAAGUUUAUGGACAUAUUUCCACCUCCACCAGGCGUAUCUUCAGAGAUCUAUAUUGCGCGAUGUUACAUCUCUAUGUGGUUCAUCGACCUUUAUGUUUCCAAUCGUGAGGCUGUAAGCAAGCUUUCUUUUGUUGCAUUCAACGAAAGAUAUCAAGGAGAAUUCUUUCGAUUCUCCCAUGAGUAUGACUCUUAUUUGACUUCACUCAAUGCUUCAAUCCGACCCACUCAUGUUAAAUUUACUCUUGAUAACGCCCUAUACAUACCCAUUAUAGGCGAGUGUAUCGAUGUUAACAAUGCAAACCCAUUUGGCAUUAAUAACUUCACACUUGAAGAAGAGCUCUUUCAUGGUAUUACCCAAAUCAUGAAAGAAAAAAAUCUUUGGCAUUUCGCUCCACUCUCAAGUGAUGCAAGAGGACGACCAUGGUGGUUAUUCGAUUGGCACAUUAAAGAUUGUGUUUGCUCCUGGUUUCCACCUGAUGACAACUACACUCUUGAAGAUCUCGCCCUUGCUUAUAUUCUUGGAACUGCAUGCUCUCCUAAUCUUGGAGUAAGGGAUGUUGAUGAUUGGCAAUACUUUUCUGAAGGCAUUGUACCACACGAUCCAAAUCCAAUGAACUAUGAUCGUGUAGUUGACAGAAGGUUUUAUGGGUCUCAUGAAGUUAGGACCAUGGAGAUUGAGUCCGACUUUUCUGUCCCACAAAAUGUUUCUCAUGGCUACCAAACCAGACAGUUGCCAAGGUACAAGUUAAUCGACUGGGUGUAUCACCAUUGUGUUGAUCUGAAGAUGGAUAGCCACGAAAGGACCAAUGCCCUUAGAUGUCUCUUGGUUGCUUGAUUGCAACAUAUUACUUGGGAUCUUUUUUGGAAUGAACAUUUCUAAAUCAUGAUUAAUAAAGAUUAUGACUUUGCUUCAAUUUGCUUCAUGCCCAUUAUUUCUCAUUACUAUGCUCGAUUAGUAUGUGCUAUAAUGCCUCGUUUAAAGUAAUAGAACUCAUGUCAUCUUCAUGCCUAGCCUAUACAAAGGCCCAAAUAGAUCUAAGGGAGGAGGGAGUCGUGAGAAAGGUUAGAAAUGGGUUAGGGUGGUACUGGAGGUACCGCUGGGUUACGACCCCUUGAUUAGUGGUUGCAGCGGGUUGGAGAAUUCAUUAUAUUCCAGCGGGUUAAUGAACCCGUCAUUCAUAUCUAUGUAUGUGAAAUAAAUUGUGGAGUAAAGUUGGAGUCUGCCUCUUUCUUUGAUUGGAC